UGUGAGGUUGGCUUCCUGGCUCAUGUGCCUGAUCUCCCCACUGUGUGGCACCUCCUGGAAGCCAGAGGGCACGGGACAGCCCACUGUUACAGUCCCAGCAGUGAAAAGAAAAUGAAUGUGACCAAAAGAGUCAAGUUUGAGAAGGAAGCAAAUGAAGAUAAAGGUUCCACAAGCCAGGCAAUGGCCAAAGAAGACCCUCAAGACAUAACAGAAAUAGCUCUAACUUUAGCCAAGGAUGCCAUCACUGCUGCUGUCAAGUCUGUAGAAGAAGCUGAAAACCCCGUCAGAAAUAUCGACUGGAUCACCCACGGUGAAUUCACAGAAGAAAAGGGCUGUAAGCAAGUUGAGGAGUUUGUUUCGAAUUGGGAGUAUCAAAGCCACUGGGAGCACUACACAGAGUUUUUAAGGAAGGAAGAUGUGCUUCACAGCUUCUACUACAUCUACUGUGUACGUUGGAGCAUCCCAACUGCUCGGAGACCCAUAGCCCGAAUCACUGCCAGUGUGUACUUCACCAUCAAGGUCAACAAAAACAAACCUCCGGACACACCCAUUGAUGUCUCUUAUGUCUUUGAGGGCCAUUCAUUAGUUCACAGACCAGGAAAGAUUCGCUUUCAAGAAAAGUGGCUAAGGGACAUUAUUGAGGCCAAAUAUGUUUUAAUAUAUCCAAAUAUCUUCCAAUUCAACAGUAGUGGAGUCUUCCAGAAUAUUUUAGGAGAUUUCUAAUAAGAGCAUGUUAAAAAUAUGAUACUGUACAUCAAACCACAGAAUAUUUAUUGAAUAAUAAAUUUGUGGCACACAAUC